UCAACAGAGCAUUCACACAGUGAAAACUAUCUGGAAAAGUCUCUGCUGAACAACCAAAGCAUAUCAGGAAUAGAAAACAUGAAAAUCAUUCUACUCCUUCUAUUCAUUGCCCCAUUUGCUCUUCCAAUUAGGGCUGAAAAGGACUUCUCUCUCCUUGAUUCUGCUGCAUCUCCUGAGACAAAAUCAAGAUUUGCCAUGCUAGAUGAUGUCCGAAUCUUAGCCAAUGGACUCCUCCAGCUCGGGCACGGUCUUAAAGAUUUUGUCCACAAGACAAAGGGACAGAUGAAUGAUAUCUUUCAAAAACUUUACAUUUUCGAUAGGUCUUUCUAUGAGCUCUCACUGCAAACCAGUGAAAUCAAGGAAGAAGAAGAACAACUCCGACAAACUACUGCGAGACUGCAAAUCAACAAUGAAGAGAUAAAGAAUCUCUCGCAGGAGAUGAACCUGAAGAUUGAAGACCUCAUACAAAACAAAAUCCAGCUGCAAGAAAAAGUAUGGGGACUGGAGGACAAGGUCACAAAGUUGGCCAUUAUCCAGCCUACAGCGCAGGAGACAAAUGAAAUUUCUUCACUCAAAGCCUUUGUGGAGCAGCAGGACAAUCACAUCAAGCAACUCCACAAAAUCGUGGAGGACCAGCACGUGCAGCUGGACAAACAGCACAACCAAAUAAUGGAGCUGGAGGACAAGCUAAACCACAUUGAGCUCCAGGAACUCACAGAGAAUUCCUUCACCGAGGAGCAAGCAGAAUCAAAUGAGGGCAGCCCCUUCCUUGGGCACAACUCCACAGCCAUAAUGCACAAAGUGGAAGGUGCCACUCCUGACUGCACUGCUCUCUACAACAGUGGCACACGCUCCAGUGGUAUUUACACUAUUAAGCCCAACAGCUCAGAAGCUUUCGAUGUCUACUGUGAAAUGAAAUUUGGCACUUCCUGGACAGUAAUCCAGAACAGAGUGGAUGGAUCACUAGAUUUCAACCAAACCUGGGAUGCCUAUACAAAUGGUUUUGGUGAUCUCAAUGAGGAAUUCUGGCUAGGCCUGAACAAGACCUACUCCAUCACUAAACAAGGGGACUACAUCUUACGGAUUGAGCUGCAGGACUGGAAAGAUAAUAAGCGUUACAUCGAGUAUGCAUUCACCCUGGGAGGCCCUGAAACAGACUACGUGCUGCAGCUCUCACGGAUCUCUGGGAGCAUCCCCAAUGCACUGCCAGAGCAGACAGAACUGCGCUUCUCAACUGCAGACCACGAUAUGGCUGUAAUAAAUGACCUUGACUGCCCACAAAACUACCUAGGAGGCUGGUGGCACAGUGAAUGUGAGGAAACCAAUCUUAAUGGGAAGUAUGUCGCACCAAGGUCAAAAGGAAGACUAGAUAGAACAAAAGGCUUAUACUGGAAACCUAGGAAUGGAAGAUACUACCUGCUCAAGUCAACCAGAAUAAUGAUACACCCAACAGAUUUAAAAAUUUUUGACUGAAUGCUCAACCGGAUGCAUUUCACAGCUAAUACACUGAGCAUCAAAGAAAUUCCUAUUAUGUUUAAUAUCAGAUGUGUGUCCAAAUCCAUACACUGUAUGGUGCAUUCUCCAAUGACAUAAACCCUGAGGCACAUAUGAUGGUCUUACUGUAUGUUUGGUGAGUAUUCUCAUUCAUCCUAGCCCAAAUGUCAGUGUGCUAGAAGUUCAGAAGGGCUUUCAUCUCUCUAAGAUCAAACCCCAUUGCCUAGGGAACAGAUGCCUAUCUAUUUGUUAGAUAACAUUGCUUGGGGGAAAGGGUUUUAUGGCUGCUGCAUUAACUUCUGGGCAGUGCAGGAGGGUACAGGAAGUGUUCAAGCAAACAGAAAGUGCUGGCAAAGUACUACAGAGGACCUGUAGGUAUUGAGACCGUGGGAAAAGAAAGAAAUUGUGUUUCAUACAGUAACUGAUUAAAUGUUUGGUUCAAUUCA